AUGGCUGAUAACAAGGAAGACCUCGCUACUCUCGGAGCUGGUAGCCUCUUUGGUGUCAAGGGCAUGGUUGCCGUAAUCACUGGUGGUGGCUCAGGAAUCGGCCUCAUGAUGGCCAAAGCCUUGGCUGCCAAUGGCGCCGAGAAAGUCUACAUCCUCGGUCGGCGCAAAGAGGUCCUGGAAGAAGCUGCGGCAUCUGUGGGACCCAGCAUCAUUCCUCUGGUUUGCGAUGUUAGUGACAAGAACAGCCUCAAAGAGGCAACCGCAGCCAUCGAGAAGGAAGCCGGCUUUGUCAAUCUACUCGUCUGCAAUGCUGGUGUCGGCGGACCACAGGUCAAAGCCCCCACCCCCGAGACGACAGCUGAGGAAUGGGCCGAGCAGCAUCUUGCCCAUGACAUGGCCGAUUACACGCGAGUCUUUGACAUCAACGUCACCUCUGUGUGGUACACCGCGAUGGCUUUCGUAAAGCUGCUUGACCUUGGUAACAAAAAGGGAAACCUAUCACAAAGCUCCCAGGUCGUCUCGACGAGCUCCAUUGCCGCCUUCAAUAAGAUCGCUCCCGGUGGCUGGGCGUAUGGCCAAUCCAAGGCGGCCGCGACGUUGGUCAUCAAGCAACUGUCAAGUAACCUGCCCCGUUGGAACAUCAGAGCCAACUGCAUUGCUCCCGGAUUGUUCCCGAGCGAAAUGUCGGCCCCAAUUGCCAAGCUUUACGCCGAGGACGGCAGUGUCCCCAAGGAGAUGGUGCCUCUUCAAAGAAUGGGCGAUUUGCAAGACAUGGCAGGCGUCAUGUUGUACCUUGCUUCGAGAGCUGGUGCGUAUUGUAAUGGCGCGACGUUCUAUGGUAUCCACGCGCUGGCCAUGGUGUUUCGCGACCCGUUGAGAGGCGCUGCUUGUCGUACCCAUGGUUCGGUGAUUUUCGUUCCGGAAAUACGCCGGCUAGCGUCGUCACACUCCAAAGCCCAGAAGCUAAGGAGGAGAGGAGGGGAGGAGAAAGCGCAGAGACGUCGGAAAAGAAGCUCAGCAUCCCUCCCCCACAUUCUCUUCCCUGCCCUGUCCGGCUCAUGCAAGUGGCUUAGCUUUCGGGCGCGCGACACCUUGUCUCUGCCCGCUUGCCCCCAAGGCUCAAGCUGCGCGAAGCUCCGGCGUCGUCGCGAUCUGAGUUUAGUGAGGUGCUCUGCUCUUUUUUGUGCCCAAUAUUGGUUGUCCUGGACCUUUCGACUGCGACCUGUCUGUCGCCCAUCCUUUGACGUCGUUUCUUCCGUUCCCAUUACUAUGGUGAUUUGGGCAAGGAAACGCAGACCAAAAUGGACGGAGACUGGGACGAGGUACGUUGAAGCUCAUUGUCACCCCUCAAUGCCCGUUGCGACGCACCUUCGUCGCAAGCCUCGCAUCUCUUCUCGUCUUGUCGCUCGCAUCCCCUUUCCGCCUCCGGGCAUCCACGCCGCGGCGACGCCCGUGUCGACCAUGACCUUUGACACGGCUCAAGAGCUGCUGUGGACAGGGAACGACUAUGGCCGCGUCACGUCGUUCUACCGCAGCGAGCUUCAGCGCUAUACGUCCUUCAAGGCCCAUACCUCGUCCGACGGCCCGGUUAGACAAAUACUCGUCAAUGACAAGGGCGUCGUGGUACUUGGAUCUCGAGACAUCCACAUGGCUUCGCGGAAAGGCCCUCCGAUAUGGCAUAUAAGACACGAUGAUAUGAAAGACUUACGAUGCAUGAGCUUUACGUCCAAAGGGACGUCCGAAAUCCUGGUCGCUGGAUUCCAGGACACCAUGUUUGUGAUCGACCUCGCUAAGGGAGAGGUGGUCAAGCAGGUUCCAACCGCGUAUUCAUAUAAGGUUAUGAAGAAAAGCAGAUACAUAUGCGCCGCCACAGAGACCGGCACAGUCAACCUGAUCGACGCGGUCAACUUCUCCGUCGUUAAGAGCUGGAACGCCCACUCCGCCUUGAUCAGCGAUAUGGAUGCUCAGCAUGACUUCAUCGUCACUUGCGGCUAUUCACUGCGGCAGGGACGAGACUACAUGCUCGACCCGUUCUUGAAUGUGUUUGAUAUCAAGAAAAUGUCGUCCAUGUCGCCGAUUCCGUUUCCUGCUGGGGCCGCCUUUGUCAGAAUGCACCCAAGAAUGUCGACGACCAGCAUUGUCAUGUCCACAAGUGGCCAGAUGCACGUUGUUGACCUGAUGAACCCAAACACUAGCAAUGUGCGGCAAACCAAUACGAUGAACUACCUGACCAUGUUCGAAAUCGCCCCAUCUGGCGAAGCCGUGGCUCUGGUAGAUGCGGAUCAUAACAUUCACAUCUGGGGCUCCCCUUCGAAACUCCGCUUCGUCGAUUUUGCCUCUCAAACUGAGUUCGCAACUCCGGAAGAGCCUCUACCUACCAUAGAACCUCUCAACUCUAUUGCCAUGCCGCAUUACCGGGAGGCGCUGCUGUCCGCCUGGCCAGAUCUUCUUUCUGAUGUUGGGGCUCCUCCGACCAAACUUGAGCCACAGUUUGUUGCGGGCCUCAAACAGUCCGAAUUUGGCCACUAUGGACGGAAUACACGGGGCCUUCGAAGGAACCAAGUUGAAGAUACUCGGAACUUGGACAGAGGAAACGCUUCGGGAAUCCUUGCGCCAAAGUUCCUCAGCGAGAAAGCUAGAGAGUUUGCUAUGGCUACAGUCGGCAAUGCCAGCGGCGACGAAAAGGUUGACGACGUUGCCCAUUCUCUGAUGCAAAUGGAAAUCGACCCUACCAAACAAGAGUGUCAUCCGAUGUACCGUAAUGUUGAGAUCAAGUACAGCAAGUUUGGUGUUGACGACUUUGACUUUGGAUUCUACAACAGAACGCAGUACUCUGGACUCGAGAUCCAUAUCGCAAACUCAUACGCCAACUCUUUGCUGCAAGUCAUGAACUUUACGCCUCUAAUCCGAAACAUGGCUCUACAACACGCGGCCACUGCGUGUGUUACCGAUACUUGUCUGUUAUGCGAACUGGGUUUCUUGUUCGACAUGCUCCAAAAGGCCGAAGGUUCAAUCUGUCAAGCAACCAAUAUGCUGAAGACACUUAGCCACCACCCUCAAUCCGCCAAUCUUGGCCUCCUUGAAGAAGAAUCGAAUGGCUCUACCUUAACGGUGAUGCUGCAGGGACUGACGAGGUUCCUUUUGGAGAAGAUUGUCCUGGAUUAUCGUUCCAUGCCGCCUGGCUCGAACAUGAUGGAGCAGAUGCUCACAACUUCUGCAACGAGUUCGAUUCGGUGUAUCAACUGCAGGUUCGAAUAUACUCGUCCUGGAUCAAAUUUUGUCAACGAUCUGAUGUAUCCGCAAACAACUGGGGCAGGGAAGAACGUUAGCCGGGGUCAGAAAGCGCCGAAAGUGACGUUUUCACAAAUUCUGAAGUCAAGUGUCGAGAGAGAAACAACGUCGAAGGGUUGGUGUGGUCGGUGCCAGCGAUACCAGACUAUCGCAACUCGCAAGACCAUCCACAAUAUCCCCGCCGUCUUCAUGCUGAACACAGCAAUCGGGAACUCGGAGCAAAGGCGUUAUUGGUCGACACCCGGAUUCCUUCCGGAAGAAAUUGGCGUCAUAGUAGACCACGGCCAGUUCUUCUGUUAUGAGGGAGAGGAUCUAAAGCUCCACCUACAGCGCGGUAUUCACAACAUAACGGUGUAUUCGCUAGUGGGCAUGGCUAUGAAUAUUGACCCAGGUCCGGGUCAAAAGCCUCAUCUGGUCGCAAUGGCCAACGUUGCCCAUUCUCAGCCAACCGCCCCGGCUACAAGUCAAUGGCAUUUGUUCAAUGACUUCCUAGUUCGGUCUGUGAGCACCGAGGAAGCCCUUUCGUUCCAUCCGCCGUGGAAGACACCCUCGGUAAUUGCUUUCCAGAUCAAGGAGGCAAAUAACAAGAUCGAUAUGGACUGGAAGAAGAAUAUUGAUACUUCCCUCCUUUACGAAGAUAACAACCCUCAUAACGACGGAAAGACGUACCGAGCGCUCGAUUCGGCGAGUGAAAGACCCGGGCCAGAGAGCAUCGUCGCUUUAGACACGGAGUUCGUCGCCGUCCGUCAGCCCGAAAUCGAGAUGAACUCCGACGGCGAAAGAGAGACAAUUCGGCCGAUCGUGUACGCCCUAGCCAGAGCUUCCGUCGUCCGGGGGCAAGGAGAGGACGAAGGUCUGCCGUUCAUCGACGACUACAUCUCGAUUAGAGAACCCAUUGUUGAUUACCUGACAUCGUACUCGGGUAUUACUCACGAUGAUCUGGAUCCCCGCAUAUCCAAGCACAAUCUUGUGCCGCUGAAGGUUGCCUACAAAAAGCUUUGGAUCCUGCUGAACCUAGGCUGCAAGUUCCUCGGUCAUGGCCUCAAACAGGAUUUCAGAGUAAUCAACAUACACAUACCGAAGUCCCAGGUCAUCGACACGAUCGAUCUGUUCUUCUUGAAGUCUCGUCUUCGGAAGCUCUCGCUGGCUUUCUUGGCUUGGUACUUGCUGAAGGAAGAUAUCCAGCUGGAGACUCACGACUCGAUCGAGGAUGCUCGGACAGCUUUGAAGCUAUACCGAAAGUAUUUGGAGUUCGAAGAUGCAGGUAUCCUGGAACCGAUGCUUCAAGAUAUCUAUCGAGGCGGGCGAGACGUCAACUUCCGGCCGCCUGCUAGGAGCGGACAGGCCGCUGAUGUCCAGAGAACAGACACGCCUCCCCCCUUACCCAACGAGGCACCCUCUACGCCGGGGGCCCCGGGAGGUGGAACGUCAAGUGGCGGCUUCGGGGCGGGCUCAACUUGGACACCAGGGAAGGAGCUGGUUUGGAAGACGCUUCUUUCAACUUUGUUAGACAGCAGUAUCAAUAGAACAGCAAAUCUUCUUACUGGUGAUCGUCCCUUUGAUUGUGGUCCUUGUUACUGUCUAGCGGUGGUUCUGCCGAUGCUCAUCAAUCUUGUGCCGCAAACUAUGAGCUUGAAGCCAGAGGAGCUACGCGCUGUUCCUGGACGAGGUAGGCGGCAGGCUCAAUCCUAA